AUGUCUGUGAAGCCGGAGCUUUUGAAGCAAAUCCGAGAAGCUGUGGAGCAUGACGCCGGGAGGAAUCAGAUGUCUUUGGCUGCGGCCACGGAGGAUCUUGGCGAUGGAGCAGCCAUGUCUGCAGCGUCCUUGUCGAGGCAUCAAGUUUGCCGCAAUGUGGAAAUGGGUCAUCACGAUGCAAACAAGGAGUGGCACAAAGCAGAGGCUGCUUUGUCAACUGCUUUGCGAUCCAAGCUGCAGACCGAGGCUGAAGAUGCUGAAGUUGCACGCUAUGUCCAAAGUGUGCAGAAGAGUAUAGACAGCUUUGCGCCGCAAUCUCCAUCUGCCGGCAUGGAUUCCCAAGAACGCAGUGUCCAGAUCGCUGCCAAGGGAUCAGUCGCGUUUUUGGAGAAGGCACGGCAGAUGCGGUUCCGUGCCAGUGAAGCUGGCAAGAAACUGAAAGACCACGCCAAGAGAAGAUUGCGAAUCAAGAUCACGGAUAUUUUCAAAGAGGUUAGCCGGAGGCAAUCUCUCAGGCAAAAUCAGGAGAGAGUCCGGAAGUUUCGAGAACAGUUGCACGAACGCGGUCAUGGUCCGAACGCCUCUACGGGCGAAGCGGAUUUCUUUGCGCUGGGAAUCGGCAUGGCAAGCGACAGCUAUGAAGAUGAUGCAACUCCACGGCGGCGAUGCCUGCUGGAAUCUCUCUCACUGGAGGAGCUAGCAAUGGUGCGAGCCAACCCGCGAUGGUACAUCGAGGCAUCCCUUCAACCGGAUAGCGAGGACGAGAACUUCCAUGGGAACAGAGAGAGGCUCAUUGACUUUUUCACGCCCGCCCGAAAGGACAGGCAUGUGUCCAUCGAAUGCUAUUCGCAGCGCUUGUGGGCUCGGCUGGCUGCUGCCUCUGAAGCGAUCCAGGAAAGCCAAGACACCGCGAAUACAGAAAGCCGCUUCCGGUCUCUGCUCGGUCCUAGGGGGCCAGGACUAAGCCCGCAGCCAAGCACUAUGCAGUCUGUGUCCGACAAACAGGACUCGCAGAUGUUCUCGUCGCUUUCAGUUGGUUCUCUGCCUAGACGAGACCCCAUUAGAGCUGACCAAUCUUCUCCAACCAUGGAGAAAGUGUGGGAAAGGUAUCGUCGCAAAGAGGCACGUGAUGCGCAGAUGCUCGAGGAUCGGCGCCUUGCAGCAGAAGAGCGCAUGGCCAAGAAUGCCUUCAAGGUCAGCCAACAGCUCAGAGAGUACGAAUCUUCACAGUCCAAGUACAAGGAGCUGCAUAAGCUUCGGAUGUCCGACGCCUUGGAGCGCAAGGCUGCCCGGGAUGCUGAGGUGCAGGAAAGACUAGCAGUCAUGGACGAGUUCAAGUUGCGCAAGAUAAGGCACGCUUUGGAUGUUGCCGACGAGCAGCUUGAGCGAAAGAGGGACAAGGUCUCAGAAGGUUUGGAGGCAUGGCAGUUGUCGGUGCGGCGUGCCCGGCGCUACCAGCAUAUGCAGGAGCGGAAGGCAUUGGCACGGCUGCAGGCAAACCAGGAAGCCUACGAAGUGCGGCUUGCCAAGGUUGGUGAGACACGGAGUGAAAAGACGGAGUCCCAAGCCCAGAAGAAUGACAAGCUCAAAGCAAGGAUCCAAGUCUCGCUGAUGCAGCAGCUGGAGGAGCAAAGAAAACUGGACUGCGAUCGAAUCUUGAUUGCCUCAGAGCAGAAAGUUGAAGCAGCCAGAUACCGGCGCUAUCACAAUGCAAGUGCGCCCCCAAGCGCACUGCACAUGCCAGUUUGA